AUGCGAACUCUACAAGGGGAAGAAACUCACAUUACCGUCUGGACGAUGUUGCAAGCUAAAGAAUUCUCACAAGGUUUGGACGAGCAAGUGCUUAAGACUGCGGGUUGUGUUAAUUCGUUCACUAAUGGUGUUUGCCUUACUUUGGGAAGGACGCUGCGGCAGGCACCACCGUAUUGA